AAUCAAACAAGUAUGAUGUAAACGUGAUAACUACCAGUUUAAUUAAUUUUUCGCAUAUUUCUGUGAUACAUGGGGGCUUCUUUCGGAAAACUUGCCUACUAAAACUUUCCCAUCAUGGUUCAUGGAUCCAUGAUGCCACUUCAGCUGAUUCCAAAAUGAUGUGGCAACCUGAAAUGGCUCCAUAAUGAAUUUUCUUUCUGCAGAUUUUGCAGUUUUUUACGGUUUAAAGGUCUUUUGAAUAUGGAUGUUCUGGAAAGGAAAUUCAAUGUUAAAAGUUUGCCAAAUUUUGUAAUGCAAAGAAGCUUCAGCUUAGAAGACGCAGCAUUCAUCCAAAAGUUUGCAUUCUUUAAAGUGGCCACAACUCAAAGCAUGAAAGUGCCUGAUUCAAACGUCAGCACAGAGGUGAUCAUCUCUUGGGGUGACAUGUGCUGUAAAACAGAACAGUAUUUUCUGAGGAAGUUCAUUUUUUUAAAUGAAGACAAGAAUAACCCAUUUACUUUAAACAGUAUCUUACAGGAUAAAGAAUGGGCAAAACUCCACUCCAUCAUCGGUACUACACUAAUGGACUUUAUUCUUACCAAAGCCAUUCUCUUGCGAUUCUCUGUGGAAAAUAACAUUUACUUUGUCAUCAACAGAGACUAUCACAGCUACCGCGAUGAGUUGAGUAAUUCACUCGUGAAAAGAAGUCUACCUAAAUCUGUUUCCUCAGAAUCUGUAGCAAAUAGAAACUCAAUAGUCCCUGCAUUGUCAAAAACUGCAUCAAAUGGUGAUGUCAAAACCAAGACAAACUUAACAGUUGCAAAACCAUGCAACAGGGGCUUUUUUCUCAGCCUCAACUCUAUUCUCUAUUCAGAGUCAAAUAAUAUCUGUUGGUCCAAGAAGUCAUUUUUGUUUUCAAAAAAACCUCCAAAGAUUCUGAAAGAAUUGUUUAAGGUCAAAGAUCAUCAUGAUUUAAAGAUUUCAGCUAUUGAAGAAGAUGAUCCGCGGUUGGAUGACUUAAAAACUCUGAUGUCCAAUGUGGUGUUGCUGCAUAGAAUGGGGCUUCCUGAGAAAAUAGUUCGAAAAUUCCACAUAUUUGAUGUCAAAAAGUCUGUCACAGCAAUACGCAGAGAGAAGAGACAGCGAAAAGCCAUCAAAUUGAAGCCUUUUACCUCAAGAGAAGCUGGUGCAAAAUUCUUGAAGAAAAAAUUGCAAGGACUAAAGCAGACUCCAAAGAAAAAAGUCCUCGCAGUCUUAGCAAAACUGAUCAGAAAGAUUUACUACCAAUUACUUUGUGGAUCCAAAACAAACUUUGCAAUUUUGAAAAAAAAACUUCGCUUUUUUUUAAAUUUGGGGAAGAUACAGUAUGUGAGCGUCGACUAUUUCAUCAAUGACUUCCGGCUUGGAGACAUAAGUUGGCUCCGAGGUUUUCCCUGCAUUACAGUGAAAAAGUUCCUAUUUUCUCGAGUUUUCUACUGGUUCUUUCAUCGUGGUAUCCUGAAAUUCCUCAAAAUAAAUUUUCAUGUCACAGAAAUCGACAAUUCGAAAACAUUCCUCGCAUUUUUUGAUAAAUUCAGUUGGAUUUUUAUGAAAAAGAUUUUCCGAAUGUAUCUUGUGAGAAGUAAAAAAUUUCAGCAAGUGAGCAGAAAGAAUGGUCGAACCAUCAGAGAAUCUGCUCCAGUGAAAACUGUGGCAAAAUUUAGAUUCACGCCGAAAGGCACAGGAGUGCGACCCCUUAUCAUUGCAAGGAACAGGCCUAGUCCUGAAGAGGAAAAUACUCUGAACUUGUACAAAGAUGUGCUGAAUCAAUUGUUGUUGAACAUAACAAAUUUGCCCAAAGGUGAACUAUUGGAUUGCCUCAAUUUGUAUUACAAAAAACUGGAAAAUCCAGGAGCAAAUAAAUUUUUUGUGAGAGUCGACAUCUUUGAUGCCUUUGGAAGCAUCCUUCAGGAUAAAUUGAUUGAAAUUAUCAAGCGAGGCCUGGAUUCCCUCAACCUGACCAAAUCUCUGUAUCUACAUGAAGUUUGUACAGUUGUCCUCAAUGAUAAUAAUACUUUUAGCUGUAGAAAACGCAAUGUCAUCAAUUUUAUAAGAGUAAAGGCUCCGCGUAAUUCCAUUAAUAUUUUUUCGAAGCAGGCAGCAACAGUUAGGAUCAAAGUACCUGAAAUGUUGGAUUUUCUGGAGAGAUUUAUAAAGAAGCAAGUUUUUACAGAAGGAUCUUUUUAUUUCCACCAAAUUAUCGGAGUACCCCAAAGCCAUAAGUUGUCUGCCGUUUUUUCAGACCUUUACUACAAUGAUCUCACAGGGGAGCACCUAAAACGUUUUAUUAAAGAGGAAAAUUUUCUGUAUCGUGUAACUGAUGACUUCAUCUUUAUUUCACCAAAUCAGAGGGAUGCUGAAGAGUUUUAUAAUAUGGCUUCAGGCAGUUUCCCAGACUACAAUUGCUCAAUUAAUAGAAAGAAGAUACAAACCAAUUUGCCGCGGUCAGGUUCUUCUGCCAUUUUACAUUUUUUUGGAUUCAGCAUUGAUGUUUGCAGCACUGCAAUAACUGUGGAUUACUCUUCCUUCAAUAAGAUGAACACUCUCUCCUCCAUUACACUACCUCGUUGGGAGCAUAGAGUCACAAAGAUGGUGGAGUAUCACUUUCGAGACUUGUACAUUUGUGCCAACUUGUUUUACAAAUUAACCCUGAAAUACAAGUUUAACUCCUUGAAGACCACUCAAAUAAAUUUUUAUGAGGCAGCUGUGAUGGUAGCCACCAAGUUCAGAAUUCUAGUCGACACUCUUCUCUCGCAUAAAAACGACAGAUAUUUAGUGCAAGUUGUUCUGAGGAUCGUCGCUCUAUUUGAGAACCAUAAUAAAGAUUUGAGAAAAUUCAAAAAGUUUUCUCUUGCCCAGAAUGUUGUCAGAGCUACAGUCAUCGUUGGUUUUACUAAGUAUCUUCAUGAAUUUCCCUCUUGGCAUCAAGUUUGUCUUGAAUUAUAUUUUAUUUAUCAGGAAACUUACCAAAAACUCUCUCUCAUAGAACGAAAUCAUUUACAUGCGUUUCAUUUUUCUCUCUAGGAAGAAGUUUUCAAGAAUGUACCAAAGUGGUACCAAUUUUAAUGUUUUAUUUCUUUCAAAAUUAGGUCUUUGGAUUUUUUGACAGACCAGCCCUUUUACUAUUGUUUAGGUCUUUUAUCCUGAAAUAAGCUCUUUGCAGUUUUCUUUGAGACCAACUAUUUUUACGAUUUUUAUGUAUUAGCCUAAUAAAUUAUUAACUCUCUGUGUCUUCGGCAAAAAUGUCUUAACGUAUAUUUGAGCUAUGGAGGAUUCUCCCUGUGCAGCUAUUUUUGCUCAUCUAUGAAUAGCUGUUGUUUUAAGGUCUUUUUGGGGGUGUUUGUCAUCAUGAUGUUUUAUCUGUUUUUAAAUUUUCUGUGAUUUCAAUAUAGUUCUUGUUUUUAUGAAAUAAACUUUUUACAGUUCA